AUGCACAAGCAAAAUAUCUCUUAUGUCAUUCUGCUGGGAUUUCAAAAUCUUCACAACUUGAAUAGUCUAUUGUUUAUAUUUCUUCUCAUCAUUUACUGGGUUACUAUAAUUGGUAAUGUUCUUGUCAUUAUCUUGGUUUCAUUUAGCAACAUUCUUCACUCUCCAAUGUAUUUCUUCAUCACACAAGUGUCUUUACUAGACAUUCUGAUGGCCACAGAUAUUCUCCCUUACUUACUUUAUAUUGUCCUGCGUGAUGGUGGCACCAUGUCUCUUGCUGUCUGUAUAUCACAGCUUUAUGUAUUUGGCAACACUGAGUCUUCAGAGUGUUUCAUCUUCAUGGUAAUGUCUUACGACCGAUAUCUAGCUAUCUGUAACCCACUUCAUUAUAACACUAUAAUUAACAAAGCAUUUUGUGUCAAAUCUGUCAUUGUGUCUUGGUUUUUGAGUUUCUUGAUGGCUUUGAUGGAUGCUAUAUCUCUACAAAGCUCAGACUUUUGCGGACCAAAUGUGAUUGACCAUUUCUUCUGUGAUUUUUUUCCUGUUCUAGAGCUCUCUUGUUCAGAUACAUCACUUAUACAACUCCAGGCAAGUUUAUUUGGUAGUAUUGCUGUCAUCUGUCCAUUCACAAUGAUCAUUGUUUCUUACGUGUAUAUCAUCACCACCAUUCUAAAGAUUCGCUCCAUCAGUGGGAGACAGAAAGCCUUCUCCACCUGCAGCUCCCACCUGACUGUUGUGUGUAUAUUUUAUGGGAGUCUCUUUUCUGUGUAUAUGGUUGCAACCAAAGGACAAUUAUUGGCUACCAGCAAGGCAUUAUCACUGCUUUAUACUGUAGGGACACCACUGCUUAAUCCAUUCAUUUACAGCCUGAGGAAUAAAGAUUUUAAGGAGGCUUUUAAAAAAAUUAAAACAGCAUUUCAAAAAGUUUAA